AUGGAGAGAAAUGUAUCUUCACCACUCAACUCAACCUCUCUCCCAACCCAGCUCCCUUUAAAUACCACCGCUGUCGUCAAUGCCACAGUGAAACCCUUCAGUGUGUUUGACGGGUGCGAUCACCAGGUAGAGGGCAUCCUCUUUGACCUGACCUUUCAGAGCAUCAAUGUAAUCAUUGGAAUCCCUGCCAACUUCCUUGUCAUUGCAAUCCUCCUCCGUAAUCGCAAAGAGCCCUCUACUUCGGAUGUAUUCUUGGGUUGCCUGGCCUUCUUGGACAUUUACUUUGGUAUCAUGACCAUUAUCACCUUUCUUAACCUUUACCACUGGCAGAGCAAGCAGGUGUGGUCUUCUAUUAAGUUCUCCUAUGGUGUAAAAGACACCAGCGGGCCACUGUUUCUCUCCUGUAUCUGUCUAGAUCGUUUUGUGGCUGUGCUCUUUCCCGUUAUGUUUGGGCAGCUUAAACAUAUCAAGUACAGGUUAAGCCUCACGGUGCUGGUAUUCUGCCUAACUUUUGCCUACUCAGCAGCCAAAACUGUGGGAGGCCUCCCCAACUUUGAAAAGGUGUUCACUGGUGAGAUCCUGGCAACAUUUUCCUGGAUGGUUUUGUGCAAUGCAUGUAUCAUGUGGGCCCUGAAGAAGUCCCGUGGUGCAGGAAAAGAUGAGAUGCACCCUAUGAAGAAGAGGGCCUUCAAGAUGGUGCUGUAUAUCCUUUGUAUCAUUGUGUUUAACUACCUGCCACCUGUGGCCCUGUUUCCUUUUGAGGACUACUACUCUCCUGAUGUGUUUCGCUGCUAUGUGCAGCCAGUGGGCUUUGCUUUCCUCAACAUCAGCAGCACCAUCCAGCCGCUUGUCUAUCUUUCUCGUCUGGACAAGUUGCCUUUCCUCCCAGACACCUGCGUUAAGAAGCACUGCUGCGCCUCUGUCGACGCAGAGAGCAACUCAGCCCCACCAGCGGGAGUGACACCUCCUCAGGCUUAA